GUCUGUCCCGUAAAUGGAAGUUCCGAGCGAUGAUCGCGGCGGCCGCAGCCGUAUUAUCCCUGCUGGGGCUGGCUGGCGUUCAUCGACAAGCAGUUGGUUAUAGCGCCCUGCACAGCAAGCCUUCGUCUGCAGUCGCCGGAGGUAGUGGAAGAAAUGCCAUCACUGAAAAAAUUCAUACGACGUGCGUUGCGAAAUUCAGUGAAGACGGCACGGUGAAACUGCCUGAGUUGUACAUAGACGUGGUGCCAGACGUCGCGGCGUCCAACGUCUACUUGAUGGAGACGUCGUCUGCAGCAGCCCUGCCCCCCAGGGGGCUAUGUGGGGUAGAGAGUUUCUGCAAACUGAAUCCCCACGCACCUGUUUGGUUCUUGGUGGCGUCUCAGUCCUUUGAACCCUCGACGUUGGCAGCCUUGAAGGCACUUCAGGCCGCCUACCAGAACUUGUGCGUGGCUCACUUAAACUUCAGCAGGCAUUUCGAGGACACUCCGUUACUAGAACUUUACCUCUCCAAAAAGUUCAAUGAAACAGGCGAGUAG